UUUUAUCAUUUUACUCAUAAAUUAUCAUAAUAAGUACAGUUCUGGUGUUUUUGCCAGGGAAAUAUUCAAUGUAAUCCAAUAUGUCUAGUAGAAAGGGUGAUAAUAAAAAGAAGGGACAAAAAUAUCAAAAUGCCACCGCAUUUAAGAAUAAUUUACAUGAUACAAGUAAAUCAGCAAAGGCUAUAAAUGGCCUUGUUGUCCAGGGAGUUUGUGAGAGGUGCCGAGAAAUUAUUGAAUGGAAGAAAAAAUAUAAGAAAUAUAAACCAUUGACGGCUCCUAAGAAGUGGUAAGUUUGUGUGGACAUCGGCUGGUUUAUAUUACACAUGAAUAAUCUGUGAGGACAAAUUCGUCGGCUGGCAGAUUAUCCAUCUUUGUGUGAACGUAAUACAAACUAUCCUGAUGAACUAGCUACAAACCCGAUCAGUACUGAGUUUGUUGGUUAACUGAGUCAAAUCGAUGGUCUUUGCAGUUCAAUGACUUAGUACCCUAAUCCUAACCAUAAUCCCACUCCUAACUUACCCUAACCCUAUUCAACUGUGAAUUUUAUUCAAUUUCGGAGUUUAUCGGUUACUGACUGACUCAAAUCCGAGUUCGAGUCAAAUGUCCGAGUCACUGUUUAACUGUCUUUGUCAGUGAAAUGACUUAGUACCCUAACCCUAAACCUACUCCUAACCCUAUUCGACUGUGAAUUUUCUUCACUUUCGUCUUUUUUUUAUUCGACUUGGGCAUUUGACUCGGGCUCGGUCUUGACUCGGUAAAUGGAUUUACUCGAUCAGUACUGGUAGUAGUGAAUACCAUUCAGAUUGUCUAAUGGUAUGUAUGAACACAUAAGAAAGUUUCAGAUUGAUAGGGGCAACUACUUGAAAAAUACAAGGAGAACUUCAACGUUUCAAGAGAAGGCCCUUCAUCGGGAAGUUAGUAUCGACAGAAGAACGGGCCUUCACUCGAAACGUUGAAGUCCUCCUUGUAUUUUUCAGGUCAGGGGUGUAGGAACCGGGGGGGGGGGCAAGGGAGCCUAGGCCCCCCCAAGUUUUCAGAAGACACGAAAAGUGCCCUUUGUCUUCAUGAAAAAUGUUGUUCCGAAAAUAACCUGCAAUUCUUGAGAAAAGUGUCCUUCAAUAAAUAAAUGCCCAUGAAACAAAUAAAUUUAACUUUUGGUCGAUGUUUUUGCACACAUAGACUAUAUCAAGUACAUUUGUACCAACUUUGGACAUUUUAGUGUGAAAUGUGGACAAAAAACAGUGAAGCAUGCAUACCAUACAAUAUGCAUGAACUGUGCUGCAGAAGAUGGAGUAUGUGAGAAAUGUGGUAGUACGGGAAGUGGAAUUGAAAGGUAAGCCCUAUAUUAGUAUUGAAACAAUAAAUAGGCAAAUCUAAAAAAACCUUUAACAGCAUUAUAUUUAUUACAUGAAAUAAACCCACCUACAUUUUGAUACCAAGCUCUUUGAGGUGGUACUAUUAGCACUAUCCCUUGACGAGUAAAAUCGUUUGGCGUUAGACGGAGUAAAAUAAUAAAAUAGGGUGCAUUGCCACUUAAAUGGUUAAUUAACAGGAUGCAUGGGCAGAUUGUCUGACGUUAGAGAGAGUAAAAUAAUAAAAUAGGGAUGCAUUGCCACUUAAAGGGUUAAAACAGUCAACAGCUUUUGGACUUCAUGAACAAAUACACCCUUCCAGAAAGUACAUUGCUAGCAUAGGGCUAGCUUUCUCCACAGGCAACUCUUUGGCAAAAAUCUAAAUAUUAAAAAAAUUGGCAGCGAAUCAUUUAGGGAUUGUUAGGGAUCACUAGUAACCCUAUAUAUAACAUUUACAUGUUUGCCAAUUUUUUUAAUAUUUAGAUUUUUGCCAAAGAGAGUUGCCUGCGGAGUAGGCUAGCAUAGGGCCUCAUUUUUGUGAUUGAGACAUGGGCUUUAACUAAUGUUAAUUAAUAGACAAAAACGAGGCUCUAUGGCCAAAGUGAAAUACUUCCCAGAAGGGUGUAUUGGUCAUGAUUACAAAGUAUUUUCCUAUAAGGUGUGGAAAACUGUACACUGUGUUACUGGUGCUUUACAUGAUCAAGUAAAACCUGCAUUUUUAGAUCAAAAGGGACAGAAGCUGAACAGGCAGCUAAGGAUAGCCAACUACAAGCAGAGAUCAAAUAUUUAUCUGAAAGAGAAAGACGUGAGUUGCUUUAAAACACUAAACUUACAUUAUCAUUAUUUUUUGUUGACUUAUAUGGCGUUUCUUUGUAGGAACUUUUUUCCGUGCUUUAGAACGAGGUACACUGACGGAGGAUGGUGCAACUGAGAACAGUGAGGAAACCAGCGAGGAAGAGGGUACUUGUGGAGAAACAUCAGUAACAUAAUACACCCUUCUGUAAAGUACGUCAUGUUGGCUAUAGAGCCUUGUUUUCGUGUGUGACUUUGGUUAAAUUCCAACAUCUCAGUCACAAAAACAAGGCUCCAUAGCAAAGGUGAUGACCUUUCUGGAAGAAUGUAUUGGUGUUGGUUUACACUUCAAAUACACAAGUGAAUCACAGAGCAUGGGCAGAAGAGGUUGAUUCACACAAUUCAAGUCAAAAAAGUUAGUGAAUGAGCAAACAUGUUUCUGUAAUUGAAUAACCAAAAAAUGUGGAACUAUGGGGGUCUAUCAUGUUGAAUAAACCUUUUUUGUUGAAUUUCUUGACACUCGAGCUGAAUAGAAAGGAUAAAGGGCCUCUGCUCCUACUUUUCUGUUUAGAUCAAGUCACUGUCAAGAUUUAACAUACAAGGUUUGAUAUUAACUAGAUUGCCAGUUUUUAAAGACAGCAGUAGUUUCAAGAAGGCAGUUUUUUUAGGAUAUAUGCCUGGACCAGAUUGAUAGUGGUUUUAUUAUGAAGUAUCUUAAAAAUCGGGUUCACAUAUUAUAUGCAAGCAACCCCCAAUAUAAAACAAAUAGGAUUGUUGUUACUUUCACUAUGGAAAUUGAACUUGGCAAUGAAGAGGUGUUUUGACUACAGAUUCAGGUUUUUUGAAAUGAAAUUGCAUAGUUUUGCAGAACAUUCAAUACAAAAUUAUGCAAUUUAAUCCCAAAGAAAACAUAAAAGCCAAGUCAUCAAUCAUUAAAGAUGCACAUGUCAUGUGUUAUCCAUGUAAUUCAAUAGACCAUGACAAGGCUUUUCCGCUUUCGAAACCUGCGACGUUACUAAGAAUGCAUUUCCCCUUCAAUGAAACAGGGCGUCUGUCAGAACUAUUGAAAACACGAUUAAAUAAAGACAAAAUUUCGCACGUUUUUCGCUUUUUACUUGAGAUCUAUAUAC